UGAGAUUUCUACUGACAGAUUUGACCAAUCCCACAAUCAUUGAAGCUGUGGACCAAUAGCCUUGCUUACCUCCUCCAGCUUCUUGGGAUCUUCAGCAUCCCGGGUAUUUGAUAGCCUUGCUGACAUGCAUGCCCAGGGAUGAGUCUGUCUUCUGUUAGGCUAGCACUCAAAAGGUGAUUUUGAGACCUCGAGAGACAUAAUUAGAGGUCUUCCACAUGGUCAUGAAAAUCUACGUUAUUGUCUUCAGGUAAUUCUUCCUUGUACAGCAUCUUUGCCGUUUUUGCUGAUUCAUACGGGAUCAAUCGGACAUGUAUAACUAGUGGUGGACUGAAAUAGUACUAUGGAGAACACUGUGAGUAUUGGAAUCAUAUACUAAAUAACGAGAAACAGAACGCCGCGUAAUUGGGAGCGUGAAAAAAACCCUGGAAUCAGCCUCACAAGGCGGAUUUGGUCACCAAAUGAUCGCCCCCACGACGAGGCUCUGCCAUAUGAGCUGUCAAACCUGCGGCCACAAUGACGAAGACAUUCCCAUCGAUGCUACUUCAGUCCAUUUCAUCUAUUUGAUGCUUGUCAGAUAAAGCUCUGAACAUAACGGAAGCAAGCAAAACAAUGUCAAGCACCGCUGGCUCAGCUUCGGCCUCGGCUGCACCGAACGGCAGCGACGACCCCUGGACAUUGGCCAAAGACCGCUUCCUCUCUGGCCUUGACCCCACUGAACGCGACAUCUUCAACAACGCAACACUCGAGAACCUCUUCUAUACUACCAGCAAUGAGAACCGAACAGACGCAGAGAAGAGCCGUGUGCGAGCUGUGGCGAAAAAAUUGGGGCCGCUGGUAUCUGCCAUAGAGAGUUAUGGCAAGGCUUUGGAUACCUUUGCCCAGAUUGCCCCUCUGUACCUGUCGCCGAUAUGGGGGAGUAUCAGGGUGCUGUUGAUACUAGCGAGGAGCUAUGGGAAGUUCUUUGAACGAGUUGUGGAUACUUUGGGGAGGAUUGGAGAUGUAAUGCCUAGAUUCCGCGACUACGAACGGAUCUAUUGUCGAGAGAAACAUCAGCGUCUCACCCAAGCUCUGUCGAAUGCAUACCUCGAUAUCAUUGAGCUUUGCACACAAUUCCGAAAGACAAUACUGGAGCAAAAGACAUCAUCCCUCCGCAGACUUCUCAAGCCAGUGUCUCUCGAUAGGCAGUUCGAUGAAGCAAUCGAACGCUUUCGGCAACAUAAAAAGAGCGUCGAUGAGGAGGCUAGGGUCUGCUAUAUGAUUGAAGCAGCUGAGAAACGGAACGAGGAGCUGACCCUCUUUGCUGCCGAACGAAAACGGAGGCUCUUAUCAAGACUUUCAACAGUCGCAUUCGAGCACAAGCAUCGAAAACUGAAGGCACUGAGGUAUGAAGGAACAGGAACUUGGCUCAUCGGAGAUACGAAGUAUAAGGAAUGGAAAUCAUCGACAGAAUCGGCUGUGUUAUGUUGUCAUGGUAUUCCUGGCUGUGGAAAAUCAGUCCUGGCAUCCAGCAUCGUUGACUCUCUUCUCACUAACAAUACUACCGUGUACUACUACUGUGAUUACUCUGAUAAGAGAACGCUUGAUCCAGCAAACCUGUUUGGAGCCCUUGCGCGCCAGGUGCUUGGAAAAUUGAAAUCCAUACCCGAAACUCUCGCCGCUACAAUCGAAAAUGCAGCUCACGACGGAGAUAGGCUCACAGAUAGUUCAUGUGCGCUUGAAUCCCUUCGAAAGGGCAUCGAGCUCUGCUCAGAUCCCAUAUACAUCUCUGUUGAUGGAAUCGACGAACUGACCGAGGAGUCUCAAAAGACCAUUUGCCACGGACUGAAGGACUUGAUUGAUGGUAACUCGGUACCAAUAAGGCUUUUCCUAACAGGACGGCAAGAUCUCUCAUCCUUACUACAUAUUCCUUCAAUAGUUCCAUUCACCAGUAUCUCAGUUGCGCCUUCGGUGAUCGCCUCGGACAUUCGCAACUUUGUCCAAGCCUCAACUCGACGUAGAGUUGCAGAGGGUAUGUUAGUUUUACAAGAUUCGAGUUUGGAGGAGUUGAUCGUAGAGAAACUUGUCAAUGGAGCUCGGGGAAUGUUUCUGUGGGUAGAAUUUCAGCUUCGUGACCUUUGCGAAGCCGAGUCCGACUACGGGAUCAGACUUGUCCUCGAAAACCUGCCUCGGAGUCUAAGCGAGACAUAUGAUCGACUGCUGGGGCGAAUCGAGGGUACCGAAAGACGAAAUAUGAUCUUAAGGAUGUUCAAAUGGAUAGUCUGUACCCGUCAGCCUCUUCACGUCAACGAAAUCAGAGAAGGGAUUGCUUUCACCCUGGAGGACGAAGACUGGACACAGGAGAAAAUCCCAACCGACCUUAACCGCCUUAUCCGAGCCUGUGGAAAUCUCGUCAUCGUCGAUACAGAAACCGACAUCGUACAGUUGGCACAUUACACUGUCCAGCAAUACUUCUUGAAAGACGACGGAAAAUAUUUUCAGUUUGGACUUGGAGAUGCCAAUGAAAUGGCUGGCGAGUUUUGUCUUGCAUACCUCACCUUUUCUUGCUUCGAAACCCAGGUCACACGAUAUAGAAGUAACACGAACACCGAUAUUGUUGCUCUGCAAAAGAUGACAUCCAGUGCCGCUUUGGUUCCUUCGGGUCAUCCGGGGCGAAAAGUCAUUUGGGCUUGGAAUAUCUUGCGGGGUCCCAGGACAGCACCCCGCAAUGUCAACCUAGUGAACCCUAACCCGAGAUCCAAGGUAGAGGCAAGUUUUAUGUCUGCUUUUCAUUUCCUACCAUACGUCGUGAAACAUUGGUUAUGGCAUACUAUCGACUUUGAAUCCUCUGCCUAUACCGAACGAAGAGAUCAGAUGUUCAAGAAUCUAGUCUGCUGGAAAGAAUUACUUUUCGACUUCCGCCCUUGGGCAUCAUUCAGCAAAUCAACACAACAGUCAAGCUCGACAGCUCUCCUUGGGUGGGCCUUGAUGGCAAAUCACAGGUACUUACUUCGCAUGGCUUCUUCGGUGAUGGAACACUGUAUUCCAGCCCAGCUUGUAUUGGAUGCCUGGAGCAACUUUCUCCUCGGUCGCAAGGGGCCCGUUGGCAUACACGAGUCUGAUGUUGAUUCUCUAAUUGCGCUCCAGAAAGAGCCUUUUCGGUCCGAGUCUGCAUUGGACUGUUCUUUGUGGUUGCUGUCACAGCUUCUGUUUGCUUGCCAGAAAGGUCAUCAUCUUGCCUUAAAAGAGAUUCCAUUCAACGAUACCCGUUCAACGGCACGGGACUUUGCUGACCACUUACCAUCGUUCUUACUUCUUCUAACCGCUGGUACUGGCGAGCUAGAAACCAUCAAGUACCUCAAAUCAUAUGUGGGGGUCGAAGAGCAAGAGCACCUUCGCAUGUGGUUUAGUCCUGAUUGGUGGGAAAGUUCUCUUAAGCGGGCUUUUGCCUCACGGCAAUUUGAGACUGUUCGGUACCUCGUGAGAGCAGGACACAACUUCGCUUCAUUGUGUUCAGACAGGGGGACGUAUGAAAGUAUGCUCAAGAAUGCCGUCACUGCAGGAGACAGUGAAGCUGCUGAGUGCCUCCUCCAUCUAAGUCCAAGAUGGCCAGUUCAAACCACUCCUGAUGACCUUGCAGACCUAUUCAUUCUUGCCAUACAAAAGAAUUUACUCGCUGUUGUUGCCCAACUGCUCCAUCUGGGCGCCGAGCCAAAUCUCACCAGUUCCCUAAACCAGGUACCUCUUGUCGAGGCUAUUCGAUCUCGAAACCGGCAGAUGGUGGCACUGCUACUUCAAUACCGAAGCAGCUUUGAGCUGACAGCACAUGGGCUGCCCUUGACCAUUGCAGCUGCGAUGGGAGCCCUGGCAAUUUGUGAAAUGCUCAUCGCUGCUGGUGCAGAAGUUUUCCACGGCUCUUAUCAAGAUUCGCAUGGUGUAGCCUUGAUUGACGUUUCAGGUGGCCCCGAGUUCGACGACUGGGAAAUAUCUGUAAGCCCGACUCCGCUGUACAUGGCGUCUUACUACGGGCAUUCGGAUAUUGUAAAGCUACUCUUAGAAUCUGGAGCAGCCCCAAGCUUUCCCAGUCCCACCCAACAUGUUGCCGCAGUUCUGGACCCAGAUAAUGUGGCUGCCGGAUUUACCUAUCACUCUUAUCUUUUGAGGCCAGAUGGAAAACUCUAUAUGUCGAAGGAAGAUAUACCAGCCAAAUCCUACACCCUAAUCUCGCAGUGGAAGUAUUCGAUUGAAGUUGCUAUCGAACAAGGACAUGACGAUAUUAUCUCGAUGCUAUCUGGGUCAUGUAGCAUGACCGCUACUAUACACAGCAACAGUUGCUUUCACCAGUACGCCAUUCAGAAGGCCAUGCUCCAUCACUUUGCACGUACAUUAUCACCUUCAGAGCCCGCGUAUAAGAAAUUCAUUAAAAAGGUACUUGAAUAUACAGAUACCUGCCUGUCCAGGGCAUCCGAGCCGACUAAAUGGGAAGACAUGACAGCAAAGAUCUUGUCAGAAUCAUAAUCACGGGAUGAUAACAGACAAUACUAGGUGCACUGUUAUGAAGAAAAAUGAUAUUUGCUCAUCAUGGCGUCUGUUCCGUACAUCGCACUGGAAGAGACAAACUAGCCACGCAUCGCGCUAUUAUCGUUUCAAGCUAUAUUCUGCUCCAAGGACAUACACCUCACAGCUUACAAGGUUUUCCACCACAAACAGUCAUCGUAUGCACAUAUGUCAACUUUCCCUCUUCCAGCCUGAAUUCAUGGCUAUCAGCGGCCAUCAUCAUAUGCUCCCAAAUACAAAGGAUGCUUACCGACCCCAUCGACUCAUCAAUUACAUACCUCCUAUGUGUGUUUCCAGGCUGGCUAUGAUUCGAUGGGAUACCAGGCUUGCAUGAAUCAUCCGGCUUUCCAGUCCCUGUGUAGGCACUUCCCUCCAGCCUUACACACGGUGUACCCCACGGAACUUUCCCAGGCGCACUGGCAUCAUUCCACAUAUCCAUAUAUGCAUCUCCAGCAGCCUGGAUCACCGCCCGGCUAUCCCUUUUGCCCUCGGGGAUAACAUCCCAUUUCUCUUGCCAUACAUACUGUAAUGUCUUCUUCGCAUCGAAGAGCCACGAAUUUGUGGUCGAAGCAAUCGAGUCGAUCAGGGUGAUCUUGCCCUCUGCAUCAUCAUGUCUGAGUUGUGUGCCAAUCACAUAUGGAUUUGAGGAAUCGGUGAUGAUUAUCUCAUUAUAGGUCGCACAGGCUACUAGGUCGGUGUUGGUGCGGCGGUGAUCGAUUUUCAGGGCUUUGCUGAGGACGCUUUUGUUCGGGUCGGUGGCUUUGUUGUUUUCGAUGUAGCUCCAGUUGGUGGAGAGGUAUGGUUGGAGGGAUGUGAGGGAUCCGGAUGUUUGAGAAGCGAUGUAGGCGUCUGAGGCGGCGAGGAGGAGGGUUUUGUUACAAGCCAGGACGGGGACGGAGAGGGUGAGGUGGGCGAUGGACGUCAAGAUGACGAUGAAGGUGGAUGUGGGAAGCAUCGUGGAUGGAGCAGAUUUGAGUAGUUCAAGCGGUAACUUGGUCGUCGGUAUUUAUUAAUUCAGCACAUUUCCUUCAUAUGCUCAAAACAACGCCUUGAAUUGCAGACAUUGAGAGCUCAAGUAGGACCUCUACCUUUCUAUCUUACAAUCAUAUCUGCCGUGGCCGAGACGGAUGUAAGUAAACAUUCAGUGGCUCGAAAUUAGCCAAUGCUUUGGU